UAAGCAGCUGCUCCUUUGAUUGAAGCAAAGACUCAAGAAAUUAACCAAACCAUGGCCAGUGCUGCUGUGUCCUUCACCUCUCUUCUUCUGAUUUCUUCUCUCUUUCUAGCUUCUUGGUUUUGUGCCACUGAAGCACAAGGCACUGUCCCUAUAGUGAAUGGCCUGUCAUGGACAUUCUACAAGUCCAAAUGCCCUAAAGUUGAAUCCAUUAUAAGGAAACAGCUGGAGAAGGUGUUCAAGAAGGAUAUCGAACAAGCUGCUGGCUUGCUUCGUCUCCACUUCCAUGAUUGCUUUGUUCAGGGAUGUGAUGGCUCAGUGUUGCUUGAUGGAUCGGCGAGUGGUCCAAGCGAGCAGGACGCCCCUCCCAACCUGACCUUGAGAGCAAAGGCAUUCGAGAUCAUCGAAGACCUACGCCGGCGCGUGGAAAAGGCUUGCGGCCUUGUCGUCUCCUGUUCUGAUAUUCUUGCGCUUGCAGCCCGUGACUCUGUUUACCUGUCUGGUGGCCCAGAUUAUAAUGUUCCCUUGGGAAGGCGAGACGGUCUAAAAUUUGCAACUCAAAGUGAAACCUUAGACAACCUCCCGCCACCCUUUGCUAACGCCGACACAAUUCUCUCAUCUCUCGCCACCAAGGGCUUCGAUGCCACCGACGUGGUAGCCCUGUCCGGUGGCCACACCAUUGGUAUAAGUCACUGCAGCUCUUUCACUGACCGCCUCUAUCCAACCCAAGAUCCUACAAUGGACAAAACCUUUGCCAACAAUCUCAAGGAAGUUUGCCCCACAAGAGACUUCAAUAACACAACCGUGUUGGAUAUUCGAUCUCCUAAUAAAUUUGACAACAAGUACUAUGUUGAUCUCAUGAAUCGCCAAGGCCUGUUUACUUCAGACCAGGACUUGUACACGAACAAGAAGACAAGGGGCAUUGUCACUAGCUUUGCUGUUAAUCAAAGUUUGUUCUUUGAUAAGUUUGUGGUUGCAAUGAUCAAAAUGUCACAGCUCAAGGUCUUGACUGGAAAUCAAGGUGAAAUCCGCGCCAGUUGCUCGGAGAGAAAUUCAGGCUACAGUUACUUGGAGUCUGUGGUGGAAGAGGGUCUCGACGCACUGUCCGGAUUAAUAUGAAAGAAGUAAAUCCCAAAUUCCACUAGCUAGAUAAAAAAUGUUGGGUCGUUGUGCACUUGUUAAUUAUGGGUUUGUUGCUGUCUUUUUUUUUUUUUUACAAAAUGCUGAUGCUAUCUUCUUCUGACAACCUCAAUUCUGCUUGUUCUUAAUAAAAUAGUCGAGGAUGUAACAUAUGAGUUUGGAUGGCUAAUAGGACGUUGGCUUUGUCAAAGUUUUAUAACUUAUAAUUACGGUUCGUUCAUGACUGAA